AUGAGUGGAGCUGCGUUUCUUUCCUUCAGUUGGCUGAUGCUGCAGGUGGCCGACGGGGAACUGGAUUAUUUCUCUAAGGGACAUGGGAUGUAUCUUCAGGGGAACUUCUCCAUCGCUGGGUUCUUUCCUGUUUUCUACGGAAAACUCCCAAGCUAUGAUGUACCGGCUUUGGAUCCAUGUAAUAAAGGUGAUGUGAACCCACACGGCUUCCAUUUGACGCAAGCCAUGAGAUUCACAGUGGAACAAAUCAACAACAGCACAGGUCCACGGGCUCUGUUACCAGGAGUGAAGCUGGGCUACCAACUCUAUGACGUCUGCUCGGUACCAGCUGGGAUCCUGGCCGCACUGGACCUGCUGGAGCAACAGAACCACAAUGUGUCUACAGCACGAGCAGAGGCAGGACAGGAGGAUAGUCAGAGGGCUGUAGCUGUCAUCGGACCGGACAGCAGCAGCAAAACAUUUACCCCUGCUGCUUUAAUGGGCGCCUACCUGAUACCACAGAUCUCUUACGAAGCAUCAAAUGAAAUGCUGAGCAACAAGUAUACCUAUCCGUCCUUUUUCCGCACAAUUCCCAGUGACAAGAACCAAGUGAGAGCCAUGAUCCAGAUCCUGGCUCGUUUCAACUGGACCUGGAUCGCUCUCUUAGGCAGCGAUAACGCUUACGGUCGGCAGGGCAUGCAGAGCUUGGCCGAUCAAGCAGUGAAACAUGAUAUCUGCAUCGCCUUCCAAGGGGUCAUCCCAUCGUACACACCUGAAACUGAACCCACUAUGAGGAAGCUGGUGGAGGGGGUGAAGAUAAGCAACGUGAACACCAUCGUGGUCUUCUCCAGCAAGUCCAAACUCAAAAAUCUAAUCCCUUAUAUAAUCCAGAUGAAUGUGACAGAGAAGGUGUGGAUUGGGACAGAAGACUGGUCAGCGUCUGCUCUUAUAUCCAGUAUAAAAGAUGUCCACACUAUCGGGACUGUGAUUGGUGUAGCCAUCAAAUCUGCAAAAAUACCUGGUUUUGAAGAGUUUGAGAGGAAAGUAACAGAAGCUUCAGUGCAACAUAGCUUACUGCAGGAAGUUUCAAAUGAUACCACAAACCCAGACAAUGACUGUCUGCAUAGUACAGAUCUGUUCACUUUGGCCAGAAAAAACUUCACUCUGGGGCAGUAUGAUAUUGCCUCCUCUCUUAAUGUGUAUAAGGGGGUGUACGCCGUGGCUCAUGCACUUCACCAGUUACUUGACUGUGAUUCUGGAGUUUGCAGCAAGAGGAGAGUGUAUCCAUGGCAGCUGCUGCCCUGGUUGAAGGAGGUUAGGUUCCCCAUUGGAAACGACUCGGUUUACUUUGACGAGAACGGGGACCCGCCCUCAGGAUAUGACAUCAUUACCUGGAUUUGGAGGGGGACAAAGUGGUCUGUAAGAGUGGUGGGUUCCUUCAGCCCAGAUCCCAUCACACUUACAAUAAAUGAAGAUCUGAUUGAGUGGCAUCAGACAGAAACCUCCAGAUCAGUACCAGUGUCCAUCUGUUCUCCACCUUGUCCCACCGGACACAAAAAGCUGCUGAUGGGACAACACUCAUGUUGCUUUGACUGCCAGGCCUGCCCUCCUGCAACAUUCUUCAAUAGAAGUGAGCCCACCACAUGUCAGCCCUGUCAGCGUGAGGAGUGGGCUCCUGCAAAAAGUGAGCACUGUCUGAAGCGGUCCAUCCUGCUGCUGGACUGGGACAACCCCCUGACCAUCGCUCUGCUCUUCUUCAUGGCCUGUUGUCUUCUCAUGACCUGCAGCUCAGCCCUCAUCCUCCUGAUCAACCUGAACACACCGGUGGCCAAGUCCGCCGGCGGCCGCACCUGCCUCCUGAUGCUGGCAGCUCUGACCGCCGCCGCCAUGAGCUCUUUGUGCCACUUUGGCCAUCCGUCCCCUCUGGCCUGCAUCCUGAAGCAGCCUCUAUUCAGCUUCAGCUUCACUGUGUGUCUGGCCUGCAUCGCUGUGCGCUCCUUUCAGGUCGUCUGCAUUUUUAAGUUUGCAUCCAAGCUGCCACCAAUCUACGACAAGUGGGCCAAAAAACACGGCCCAGAGUUCACCAUUUUCCUGUUUUCUAUCACCAUAUUGUUCAUUUCUGUGCUCCGUGUGGCCAUCAACCCUCCUGAACCAUCUGAGGAUCUUAAGUUCUAUGACGAUAGCAUUAUCCUCGAAUGCAGUAACACCCUGACUCCUGGUUCAGUGAUUGAGCUUGGUUAUGUCUCUAUGCUCAGCGUCCUCUGCUUCUUUUUCAGCUACUUGGGCAAAGAUCUACCUGCAAACUACAACGAAGCCAAGUGUAUCACCUUCAGCCUCAUGGUGUAUAUGAUCUCCUGGAUCUCCUUCUUCACCAUCUACCUCAUCAGCAGAGGCCCUUUCACCAUAGCUGCACAGGUUUUUGCCACCCUCUUCAGUGUCCUGGCCUUCAUUUGUGGCUAUUUCCUGCCAAAAAUAUAUAUAAUUGUUCUGAGGCCACAAAUGAACACCGCGUCCCAUUUCCAAAACUGCAUUCAGAUGUAUACCAUGAACAAACAAUGA